AUGGCUAGGCCACGCAGCAGCAAGCGCAAUUCCUCCUCAACUUCAUACACAUCAACGAUAACCACCAUAGCCUUCAUAGCAUUAUGUGUUAUAGGUGUUUGGAUGCUAACUUCAAACUCACAGGUUACUACUCCACAAAUCACUACUCAUGCCACCAAAUCAACCACCACCACCACCACCGCUGGUAUUGCCGCGGACGCGGACGUCUCUUCCUCCAAUGACGUAGAAAACACGGAAUCCAGUAUAAAAAAGGAUACGCCUGUCUAUGAAGACAAUCCAGGAGAUCUUCCUGAUGAUGCUAUCAAAUCGGACGAGCCCAAAAGCAAUAACGACAAAGACAAUAAAGAUGAAAGUAACGACAGCAAACAAGAAACAGAUGGUGGUGAUAGUAAGGCUGAUCAAGAGAGCUCCUCGCAAGAUUUAAAGGGGCAAGGAUCUGGUGAGGAGACGCAGAAGCAGGAAGAAAGGCAGAAUCAGAUCUCUGAAGAAGGUUCGGACGCUCAAAACCAACAAACUGAUCAAACCAGCCAAGAAACUUCUCAAUCUGAAGUUAGCCAGGAAACAAAUGCCAAUCAAGAACAAGAAAUGAAUGCCAACCAAGAACAAGAAACGAAUGCCAAGCAAGAACAAGAGCAAAGUACAGUAUCUGAAACUGAUGAUAGUAAUUCACAUGAUUCUUUAAGUCAGAGUGAAGGACAAGAUCAAGCACAAGAGCAACAGCAGCAGCAACAAGAGGUUGAAAAUAGUAGUAAAGAUUUGCAAGAAUCUCAGAACCAAGAAUCAAAAAAAGACCAACAACAACAAAGUACUGGGGUCAAUGAAAACAAUCAAGAAUCUAAUCAAAAUGAAAAAUCAAUUGAAGACCACCAACAAGAAGAUAGUAAUGUAGUCAAUGAAAGCGAUCAAGAAUCUAAUCAAAAUGAGAAAAAAUAUGAAGAGCAACAACUAGAGCAAAGACAAGAAGAUGCUGGAGUUCAGAAUUCUUCUCACGAGUCCCAAAAUGCGGUAUCUGAAGAAGAUCAAAAACAAAGAAUGCAACAGCAGCAGCAACAACAACAACAACAACAACAAACAUCACAUGAUCAAGAGCAAAGACAAGAAGAUACUGGAGUUCAGAAUUCUUCUCAAGAAUCCCAAAAUGAGGUAUCUGAAGAAGAUCAAAAACAAAGAAUGCAACAGCAGCAGCAGCAACAACAACAACAAACAUCACAUGAUCAAGAAACCGAACAAAUACUUCAGGUCGAUAGCAACACAAAGCAAGAAACCAAGCAGGACUCAAGCUUGGGCGAGUCGGCAUUUCCUGGUGGCACGAACCCAGGAAUACCAAAAGAAUCAAAGGAGUCAAAGAAGUCAUGGUCAACUCAAGCAGCAGAGUCAGAGAAUCAAAAGGAGAGAAGGAAGGAGGAAUCGGACGGUAAUGACAACAUGUAUGGGUACACUUGGCAGCUCUGCAAUGUCACUGCUGGUCCUGAUUAUAUACCUUGUUUGGAUAAUGAAAAGGCCUUAAAACAAUUACGUACAACCGGGCACUAUGAGCAUAGAGAGAGGCAUUGUCCUGAGGUUGGACCCACUUGUUUGGUCCCACUUCCUGAAGGGUACAAAAGACCCAUCGCAUGGCCGCAGAGUAGAGACAAGAUAUGGUAUCACAACGUACCUCAUACAAAAUUGGCAGAGGUCAAAGGUCAUCAAAAUUGGGUUAAGGUUACUGGUGAGUUUUUGACCUUCCCUGGUGGUGGAACCCAGUUCAUACAUGGAGCUCUUCACUACAUUGAUUUUAUUCAACAGGCAGCGCCCAAAAUUAAAUGGGGAAAGCAUACUAGAGUGAUACUGGAUGUUGGGUGUGGAGUUGCAAGCUUUGGUGGUUAUAUGUUUGAAAGGGAUGUUCUUACAAUGUCGUUUGCACCCAAAGAUGAGCAUGAAGCUCAAGUUCAAUUUGCCCUUGAAAGAGGAAUACCUGCAAUAUCUGCUGUCAUGGGUGGAAAGCUGCUUUUGGAGUUGAAUCGUGUUCUCCGACCAGGAGGUUAUUUUGUGUGGUCAGCAACUCCUGUUUACCAAAAGCUAGAGGAAGAUGUGGAGAUAUGGCAAGCUAUGUCUGCAUUGACGGUAUCCAUGUGUUGGGAGCUUGUGAACAUCCAGAGAGAUAAACUUGACGGUACGUGCCUCUGCAAGCAUGCAUGCACCGGGUGCCUUCUAGAUCUCAGAGGGGGGCAAAUGGCCAGAGGAUUGGCCUCAGAGACUACAAACACCUCCUUACUGGCUAAACAGCUCCCAGAUGGGGAUCUAUGGUUUGCAGCAGCUCUCAAGGACCUUAAGGUCUGGGUGCUCAAUGUAGUGACCACAGACUCUCCAGAUACACUACCAAUAAUAUAUGAGCGAGGUCUUUUUGGGAUAUACCAUGAUUGGUGCGAAUCCUUCAGCACAUACCCUAGAACUUACGACCUCCUACAUGCUGAUCAUCUCUUCUCAAAGCUGAAAAAAAGGUGCCAACUUGCUCCUGUAUUGGCUGAGGUUGAUAGAAUCGUGAGACCUGGAGGUAAACUGAUUGUUCGAGAUGAAUCGAGCACAAUUGGCGAAGUUGAGAACUUGCUCAAGUGUCUACACUGGGAGGUUCAUCUAAUCGUCUCCAAAGACCAAGAAGGUUUGCUCAGCGCACAAAAAGGCAACUGGCGACCACAUGCAUACGCAGCUUUCUCCUGA